CAGACUGAGAGCUUUAAUGAUUCCACUACUUACAAGGACAUGCCAAUGAAUGAUUCUCACGAAUAUGUAUGAAUGUAUUAAGUCCUCCUUUUGUUCUCAACUACUUAAUUCGAAGUUCUGACAUUGUUUUCUUUAUAUGUUUCCCUCUCUGAAUGCAGAUAGGCAACACGAAUUCCUGUUUAGAAGGUGAGAAAAAUAAAAGCUUAAGAAUACAUAUCUCUAGUGUUGGCCAACUCUUACGCAUCAUCAAUUGCUUGUAUUUAUUUUCGUAAUGGCGACUCCAAUAACUGCCAAAACUUUCCAGAAAGACUGCUAAUGUUGACAUUUUCUCAGUGCAGGGCAGUAUGUAAACGAUGAAUAUUUUGGGGAAGAAUCCUUCUUCUCUAGCAUUCCUGAAGAUUUUAUCUGCCCUUUCACUGGAGAGUUGUUUGAAGAGCCGGUAACCCUGGAGACUGGUCAAACUUUUGAUCGAAUGGCAAUCAAAGAAUGGUUUGAUCAAGGACAUAAGACAUGCCCAGUGACAGGACGGACCUUAAAAUGUCAUACUUUGCCAACCACUAGCUUUGUGUUAAAACGUGCAAUUGAUCACUGGAAAUCAGAACAUCGUAGGAAUCUCCUGGCCUCUGCGUGCCAAAUUGAGGGAAACCAGUCAGCACAUGAAAUUAGAUCCACAGAUGAAAGAGCAAUUCUGGUACUAGAACAACUUCUCUUUUGUUCAACAGCAGAGGACAGAUGUGCAAGUGUCAAACAUCUGAUCUCUCUUGGAGGUCUGCAAUAUCUAACUCAACGAUUUGAAUUGGGAAAGUUGGACGAGAAAACACACAUUGCUGCACUUCUAUCUUGUUGUAUUGAAUCGGAUGGAGGUUGCAGAAACUACUUAGCUAAAAGCCUUAACAAGGCGUGUCUUUCAGAGCUCCUUUACAACAAGCAAGUUAGGUCAAAAACAAAUGGAAUGCUGCUGCUAACUGAACUGAUUUGCCUAAACAGGAGAACAGAGAUAACAGCUUUCCUCGUUAGCUUGAAGAAAGAGGGAACCAUGAACAUCAUGCAUGUUUUGCUUGUGUACCUUCAGUGCUGCUUGCCUGAUCAAAAACCUCUGGCUGCUGUGCUUCUGUUGCAUUUAGAUCUUAUGGUAACACCUCAAAAACAUAGCAUAUACAGGGAGGAGGCUGUUGAUAGUAUUGCAGUGGCUUUAAAGAGCAGCUUAACGAAUGAAAAAAUUCGAAAGAACUGUUGCAAAGCUCUUUUGAUUUUAGGUGGGAAAUUCCCUCUUUCUGGAGAGUUAUUGACAGAAAGUUGGUGCCUAAGGCAAGCAGGAUUCUACGAUCAAGACUCCAAAACCAACUCUCUUGGCAAUGUUGAAGAUUGUCUCUCAAUAGAUAAAACUAUACCAUUGGAAGAAGACGAACUAAAGACAACAGAAGACUGGUGGAAGAAUUUGGCAUCAUUACUACUUGGCAAUGGCAACAAGUCAUUUCUGGAGAUCAUUUCCAAAUGUUUGGGGUCUAAAAAUUUGUAUCUGGUGAGAACAUGUCUGAUCACUGUAACGUGGAUGAGCCAUGCACUUGGUUUACUGCCAGACAUAGACUUUCAUCUCGCUGCAUUUUCAGCCCUCCUCCCUCAGCUGAAACAGAUACUGUUGAAUGACGGGAGUAUUGAACACAAAGUUCUUGCUUCCACAUCUCUACUUAAUUUCACUAAAAUUACAGAAUGUCGGAUGCUACUGAUGACAAUUGGAGAAGAGAUUUUGGUUUCACUACAGAGUCUUGCAGGAGUGACUUGGACUUCUAAACAACUCUUUCAAAUUAUUUCAGGGGAAAGCUAAUAGCUUUCAUGGGAAAAAGAAAUCCAAGGAGAGUUCCUUUCUUGUAACACUACUUCUAUAUAUGGUCUGAAAAUCUGUAUUAUGAUUAGAUAUGGACAUCAUUAAGGAAUACCAAACCUAAUAAACAU